CCAGAGCUGCCGCCGCCGCCGCCGCCGCCGCCGCCGCCGCUCCGCUCCCGCCGCCAUUUUGGGUUCGCUUUGCGGAGGGGGAGACGUUCCCGGUCUCGGUCGCCGGACCCGCCUUCCCUCGGUUUCCCCUUCCCGACCUACGCCUUUGGCUUCUCCUCUCGCGCUUCCGUCGGUCCGCUCACCCGCUGGCCGCCUCCUGACAAGCGGGAGGGUUACGGUGUGGACCCAGAGAAGCCGAGGCGCCAGGCUGCCACCCCCUCUCCCCACUUGCCUGCACUCGGCGCUCUCGGCCUCACACGGGAAAGAGAUGCUGGUCGCAAGUUUUGGAAAACCAUAUAUUUUUAUGGAACAGUGUUCUGUAAAAGUUUUGUAAGAUUCCUUGGCAAUAACACACUUGUGAUGGACUCUAGGAAUACUGCUAUGUUAGGAUUGGGUUCUGAUCCCGAAGGAUUUUCAAGAAAGAGUCCUUGUACCAUCAGUACUGGCACUCUGGCCAGCAAGAGAGAAGUAGAGAUAGAGAGUGACACGAAAGAAGACGAGGACCCGCGCAAGCGGACUCGAGAAGGGAGCAGUGAAGUAGGAAAAGAUGAUGGUUUGCCUGAUGCACAGCAACAGUUUUCAGUGAAAGAAACAAAUUUCUCAGAGGGAAACUUAAAAUUGAAAAUUGGCCUUCAGGCUAAAAGAACUAAAAAACCUCCAAAGAACUUGGAGAACUAUGUGUGUCGACCUGCCAUAAAAACAACCAUCAAGCACUCAAGGAAAGCACUUAAAAGUGGGAAGAUGACAGAAGAGAAGAAUGAACACUGCCCUUCAAAGUGGGACCCUUCAAAACUGUUUAAGAAAGCAGGUGAUGCUACAGCCAUGGAAUGCCAAUCUGAAGACAGUAUUCAUCUUCAUUCAACAGGAGAAAAUAAUCCUUUGUCUAAGAAGCUUUCUCCAGUACAUUCACAAGUGGCAGAUUACAUUAAUGCAGCACCAUCUCUUGUUGGCAGUCGGGACGCGGAUAUAAAGGACAGAGCAUUACUUAAUGGAGGAACUAGUGUAACAGAAAAGUUGGCACAGCUCAUUGCUACCUGUCCUCCUUCCAAGUCUUCCAAGACAAAACCGAAGAAGUUAGGAACUGGCACUACAGUAGGAUUGGUUAGCAAGGAGUUAAUCAGGAAACCAGGUGUUGGCUCUAUAGCUGGAAUAAUUCAUAAGGACUUAAUUAAAAAGCCAACUCUUAGCACAGCAGUUGGGUUGGUAACUAAAGAUCCAGGGAAAAAGCCUAUGUUCAAUGCAGCAGUAGGACUGAUUAGUAAAGACUCUGUGAAAAAAUUGGGAACUGGCACUACAACGGUAUUCAUUAAUAAAGACUUAGGCAAAAAGCCAGGGACUAUCACUACAGUAGGAUUGCUGAGCAAAGAUUCAGGAAAGAAGCUAGGAAUUGGUAUUGUUCCAGGUUUAGUGAAUAAAGAGUCUGGCAAGAAAUUAGGACUUGGCACCGUAGUUGGACUGGUUAAUAAAGAGUUGGGAAAGAAAUUGAGUUCUACGGUUGGCCUAGUGACCAAGGAUGUUACGAAGAAGAUUGUAGCAAGUUCAGCAAUGGGACUGGUUAAUAAGGACAUUGGAAAGAAAUUAGUGAGUUGUCCUAUGGCAGGACUUGGCAGUAAAGAUGCCUUAAACCUUAAAUCUGAAGCACUGCUCCCCACUCAGGAACAACUUAAGGCUUCUUGUGGCACAAACAUCAAUAACCAUGAAAGUCAAGAACUUCCUGAGUCCCUGAAAGACAGUGCUACCAGCAAAGCUUUUGAGAAGAAUGCUCUGCGGCAUAGUAAAGAAAGCUUGCUGGAAAAGUUUUCAGUCCGAAAAGAAAUUACUAGUUUGGAGAAGGAAAUAUAUAAUGAAGGAACAUGCAUACAGCAAGACAACUUCUCAUCCAAUGAAAGGGGAGCCUUUGAGAGCUCAAAGCAUGAAAAGCAACCUCCUGUAUAUUGCACUUCUCCAGACUUUCAAAUGGGAGGUGCCUCUGAUGCGUCCACAGCUAAGUCUCCCUUUGGUGCAGUAGGAGAAAGCAAUCUUCCUUCCCCGUCACCUACUGUAUCUAUUAAUCCUUUAAGCAGAAGUCCCCCUGAAACUUCUCCACAGUUGGCUCCAAACCCAUUGCUUUUAAAUUCUACCGCAGAACAAAUGGAAGACAUUUCUGAGUCUGUUGGGAAGAACCAGUUUUCAGCUGAAAGUACUCACUUGAAUGUUGGUCAUAGAUUAUUAAAUCAUAGCAUAAGUAUUGACUGUAAAGGAAUUGAUAAAGAAAUCAAUGAAUCAAAAAAUACACAUCUAGAUAUUGCUAGAAUAAGUUCUUCCUUGGGUAAAAAGCCAAGUUUGGCUUCUGACUCUGCUAUUCAUACCAUUACUCCUUCAGUUGUUAACUUUACUAGUUUAUUUAGUAACAAACCUUUUUUAAAACUUGGUGCAGUAACUGCAUCAGACAAACACUGCCAAGUUGCUGAAAGCCUAAGCACUAGUUUCCAGUCCAAGCCAUUAAAAAAAAGAAAAGGAAGAAAAUCUCGGUGGACUAAAGUGGUGGCAAGAAGCACAUGCCGGUCUCCAAAAGGACUAGAAUUAGAAAGAUCUGAACUUUUUAAAAAUGUUUCAUGUAGCUCAUUAUCAAAUAGUUCUGAGCCAGCUAAGUUUAUGAAAAAUAUUGGAGCAUCGUCUUUUGUCGAUCAUGACUUCCUUAAACGCCGAUUGCCAAAGUUGAGUAAGUCUACAGCUCCAUCUCUUGCUCUCUUAACUGACAGUGAAAAACCAUCUCAUAAAUCUUUUAUUGCUCACAAACUGUCCUCCAGUAUGUGUGUCACUAGUGAUCUUUUGUCGGAUAUUUAUAAGCCCAAACGAGGAAGACCUAAAUCCAAGGAAAUGCCUCAGCUAGAAGGUCCACCUAAAAGGACUUUAAAAAUACCUGCCUCUAAAGUUUUUUCUUUACAGUCUAAAGAAGAACAAGAACCCCCAAUUUUACAGCCGGAAAUUGAAAUUCCUUCUUUCAAACAAAGUUUGUCUGUAUCUCCUUUUCCGAAAAAGAGAGGCAGGCCUAAGAGGCAGAUGAGAUCUCCGGUGAAGAUGAAGCCACCUGUACUGUCAGUGGCUCCAUUUGUUGCCACUGAAAGUCCCAGUAAGCUAGAGUCUGAAAGUGAAAACCAUAGGAGUAGCAGUGAUUUCUUUGAGAGUGAGGAGCAGCUUCAGGACACAGAUGACUUAGAAGAUAGUCAUAGGCAAAGUGUCUGUAGUAUGAGUGACCUUGAGAUGGAACCAGAAAAAAAAAUUAGCAAGCGAAACAAUGGACAAUUAAUGAAAACAAUUAUCCGAAAAAUAAAUAAAAUGAAGACUUUAAAGAGAAAAAAACUGUUGAAUCAGAUUCUUUCAAGUUCUGUAGAAUCCAGUAAUAAAGGAAAAGUACAAUCUAAACUUCAUAAUACAGUAUCAAGUCUUGCUGCCACAUUUGGCUCUAAAUUGGGCCAACAAAUAAAUGUCAGCAAGAAAGGAACCAUUUAUAUAGGGAAGAGAAGGGGCCGAAAACCAAAAACUGUCUUAAAUGGCCUUCUUUCUGGUAGCCCUGCCACCCUUGCUGUGCUUGAACAAACAGCCCAGCAGGCGGCUGGGUCAGCUCUAGGACAGAUCCUUCCCCCUUUACUGCCUUCACCUGCUGGGAGCUCUGAGAUCCUCCCAUCACCUAUUUGCUCUCAGUCUUCUGGGACUAGUGGAGGUCAGAGCCCUGUUAGUAGUGAUGCAGGCUUUGUUGAGCCUAGCUCAGUGCCAUAUUUGCAUAUGCACUCCAGACAGGGCAGUAUGAUUCAGACUCUUGCAAUGAAGAAAGCUUCCAAGGGGAGGAGGCGAUUAUCUCCUCCUACUUUGUUGCCAAAUUCUCCUUCUCAUUUGAGUGAACUCACAUCCUUGAAAGAAGCUACUCCUUCCCCAAUUAGUGAGUCUCAUAGUGAUGAGACCAUUCCCAGUGAUAGUGGCAUUGGGACAGAUAAUAACAGCACAUCAGACAGGGCAGAGAAGUUUUGUGGACAGAAAAAGAGGAGACAUUCUUUUGAACACAUUUCUCUGAUUCCCCCUGAAACCUCUACUGUCCUAAACAGUCUUAAGGAAAAGCAUAAACACAAAUGUAAGCGCAGGAGUCACGAUUACCUCAGCUAUGACAAGAUGAAAAGACAAAAGCGAAAACGAAAAAAGAAAUAUCCCCAACUUCGAAAUAGGCAAGAUCCAGACUUCAUGGCAGAGCUAGAGGAGCUAAUAAGUCGUCUAAGUGAAAUUCGGAUCACUCAUCGAAGUCAUCAUUUUAUUCCCCGAGACCUCCUGCCAACUAUUUUUCGAAUCAACUUUAAUAGUUUCUAUACGCAUCCUUCUUUUCCCUUAGACCCUUUGCACUACAUUAGGAAGCCUGAUUUAAAAAAGAAAAGAGGGAGGCCCCCUAAGAUGAGAGAGGCAAUGGCAGAAAUGCCUUUUAUGCACAGCCUUAGUUUUCCUCUGUCUAGUACUGGAUUUUACCCUUCUUAUGGCAUGCCUUAUUCUCCUUCACCCCUUACAGCUGCUCCAAUAGGGUUAGGUUAUUAUGGAAGGUAUCCCCCCACUCUUUAUCCACCGCCUCCAUCUCCUUCAUUCACCACUCCACUGCCGCCUCCUUCCUAUAUGCAUGCUGGUCAUUUAUUGCUCAAUCCUACCAAAUAUCAUAAGAAAAAGCAUAAGCUCCUUAGACAGGAGGCUUUUCUUACAACCAGCAGGGCUCCUCUCCUUUCCAUGAGCACCUACCCCAGCGUACCUCCCGAGAUGGCUUAUGGUUGGAUGGUGGAGCACAAACACAGACAUCGUCACAAACACAGAGAACACCGUUCUGAACAGCCCCAGGUUUCCAUGGACACUGGCUCUUCCAGAUCUGUCUUGGAAUCUUUGAAACGUUACCGAUUUGGAAAGGAUGCUGUUGGAGAGCGAUACAAGCAUAAGGAAAAGCACAGAUGUCACAUGUCUUGCCCUCAUCUGUCUCCCUCAAAGAGCUUAAUAAACAGAGAAGAACAGUGGGUUUCUCGAGAGCCUUCAGAAUCAAGUUCUUUAGCCUUGGGAUUGCAAACACCUUUACAAAUUGACUGCUCAGAAAGUUCCCCAAGUUUGUCCCUUGGAGGAUUUACUCCCAAUUCUGAGCCAGCCAGCAGUGAUGAACAUAUGAACCUUUUUACAAGUGCAAUAGGCAGCUGCAGAGUUUCAAACCCUAACUCCAGUUGCCGGAAGAAAUUAACUGACAGCCCUGGACUCUACCCUGUACAAGAUACUGCACUAAAUCGGCCUCACAGAAAGGAGCCCCUGCCUUCCAGUGAAAGGGCAAUACAGACAUUGCCAGGUUCCCAGUCAACUUCAGAUAAACCUCCUCAGCGAUCAUCAGAAAGCACAAAUUGUAGCCCUACCCAUAAAAGGUCUUCGUCUGAGAGUACUUCUUCAACAGUGAAUGGAAUUGCCUCCAGAAGUCCCAGAUUGGUUGCUUCUAUGGAUGAUUCUGUAGACAGUCUGUUGCAGCGGAUAGUACAACAUGAUGAGCAAGAGUCCAUGGAGAAAAAUACUGAUGCAUCAAUUACAACUGUGUCUAUACCACCUUCCUCCAGUCCAGGCCAUAACUAUAGCAAAGAGCGAGUCCUAGGUAAAUCAGAUAGUCUUCUGGUGCCUGCAGUCCCAAGUGACUCUUGUAAUAAUAAUAUCCCACUCCUUUCUGAAAAGUUAGCAAGUAGAUGUUCCCCCCAUCAUAUCAAGAGAAGUGUAGUUGAAGCUAUGCAGCGCCAAGCUCGGAAAAUGUGCAAUUAUGACAAAAUCUUGGCCACCAAGAAAAACCUGGACCACGUCAAUAAAAUUUUAAAAGCCAAAAAACUUCAAAGGCAGGCCAGGACAGGGAACAAUUUUGUGAAACGAAGACCCGGUCGACCUCGGAAAUGUCCCCUCCAAGCUGUGGUAUCAAUGCAAGCAUUCCAGGCCGCCCAGUUUGUCAACCCAGAGCUGAAUGAAGGGGAAGAAGUGGCGCUGCACCUGGGUCCAGACACAGUUACCGACGUGAUUGAGGCUGUUGUUCAGAGUGUUAACCUGAACUCGGAACACAAGAAGGGGCUGAAGAGGAAAAGUUGGCUGUUAGAAGAACAGACUAGGAAAAAGCAGAAGACAGUACCAGAGGAAGAAGAACAAGAAAACAAUAAAAGCUUUACAGAAGCACCGGUUGAAAUUCCCAGUCUUCUUGAAACCCCCGCUGAGCCUUCUGAACCUGAAAGUACCUUGCAACCUGUGUUAGCUCUCAUCCCACGGGAAAAGAAAGCCCCACGUCCUCCAAAGAAGAAGUACCAGAGAGCUGGGCUGUAUUCUGAUGUUUACAAAACUACAGACCCAAAGAGCCGAUUAAUCCAAUUAAAGAAAGAGAAGCUGGAAUAUACUCCAGGAGAGAAUGAAUAUGGAUUAUUCCCAGCACCAAUUCAUGUUGGAAAGUACCUAAGACAGAAGAGAAUUGAUUUCCAGCUCCCCUAUGACAUCCUCUGGCAGUGGAAACACAACCAGCUAUACAAAAAGCCAGAUGUCCCCCUCUAUAAAAAAAUCCGUUCAAAUGUCUACGUUGAUGUCAAACCUCUUUCUGGUUAUGAGGCUACCACCUGUAAUUGUGAGAAGCCAGAUGACGACACCAGGAAGGGCUGUGGGGAUGACUGCCUCAAUAGAAUGAUCUUUGCUGAAUGUUCACCUAACACCUGCCCCUGUGGUGAGCAGUGCUGUAACCAGAGGAUCCAGAGGCAUGAGUGGGUGCAAUGUCUGGAACGGUUUCGAGCUGAGGAAAAAGGUUGGGGAAUUAGAACCAAAGAACCCCUAAAAGCUGGCCAGUUCAUCAUAGAAUACCUAGGGGAAGUUGUCAGUGAACAAGAAUUCAGGAACAGGAUGAUUGAACAGUAUCAUAAUCACAGUGACCACUAUUGUUUAAACCUGGAUAGCGGGAUGGUGAUUGACAGUUACAGAAUGGGAAAUGAGGCCAGAUUCAUCAACCACAGCUGUGACCCAAAUUGUGAAAUGCAGAAAUGGUCUGUUAAUGGAGUGUACCGUAUUGGAUUGUACGCGCUUAAGGAUGUGCUAGCUGGGACAGAACUCACCUAUGACUACAACUUUCAUUCCUUCAAUGUAGAAAAACAGCAACUUUGUAAAUGUGGUUUUGAGAAGUGUCGCGGAAUCAUUGGAGGCAAAAGUCAAAGGAUGAAUGGACUCAGUAGCCAUAAAAGCAGCCAGUCUGUGAACACACACAGAAAGUCUGGGCGGUCGAAAGAGAAGAGAAAGUCUAAGCACAAGCUGAAGAAACGGAGAGGCCAUCCCUCUGAAGAGCCCAGUGAAAACAUCAAUACCCCAACAAGAUUGACUCCACAAUUACAGAUGAAGCCAAUGUCCAAUAGAGAAAGAAACUUUGUAUUAAAGCAUCAUGUGUUCUUGGUCCGAAACUGGGAGAAGAUUCAUCAGAGACAGGAGGAAGUGAAGCACACCCGUGACGUUCCCUCAGCACCGCUGUACACCCGUUGGAGUGGCAUCUGCCGGGAUGAUGGGAAUAUUAAGUCUGAUGUCUUCAUGACCCAGUUCUCUGCCCUGCAGACAGCAAGAUCUGUUCGAACAAGACGCUUGGCAGCUGCGGAGGAAAACCUGGAAGUGGCUCGGGCAGCUCGCCUAGCACAGAUCUUCAAAGAGAUCUGUGAUGGUAUCAUCUCUUACAAAGAUUCUUCCCAGCAAACCCUUGCAGCUCCACUUUUGAAUCUUCCCCCAAAGAAAAAGAACGCUGACUAUUAUGAGAAGAUCUCUGACCCCCUGGAUCUCAGCACCAUAGAAAAGCAGAUACUUACUGGGUAUUACAAAACAGUGGAAGCUUUUGACGCUGACAUGCUCAAGGUCUUUCGAAAUGCUGAGAAGUACUAUGGGCGUAAAUCCCCAAUUGGGAGGGAUGUUUGCCGCUUACGAAAGGCCUAUUACAAUGCCCGGCAUGAGGCAUCAGCUCAAAUCGAUGAAAUUGUGGGAGAAACAGCAAGUGAGGCAGACAGCAGUGAGACCUCGGUCUCUGAAAAGGACAAUGGGCAUGAAAAGGACGAUGAUGUCAUCCGAUGCAUCUGUGGCCUCUACAAGGAUGAGGGCCUCAUGAUCCAGUGUGACAAGUGCAUGGUGUGGCAGCACUGCGACUGCAUGGGUGUGAACACAGACGUGGAGCACUAUCUUUGUGAGCAGUGUGACCCUCGGCCUGUGGACAGGGAGGUACCCAUGAUCCCUCGGCCCCACUAUGCCCAACCUGGCUGUGUCUAUUUCAUCUGUUUACUCCGAGAUGACUUGCUGCUUCGUCAGGGUGAUUGUGUGUACCUGAUGAGGGACAGCCGACGCACACCUGAUGGCCAUCCAGUCCGACAGUCCUACAGACUGUUAUCACACAUUAACCGAGAUAAACUUGACAUCUUUAGAAUCGAGAAGCUUUGGAAGAAUGAAAAAGAGGAACGGUUUGCCUUUGGUCACCAUUAUUUCCGCCCCCAUGAAACCCACCACUCUCCAUCCCGUCGGUUCUAUCACAAUGAGCUAUUUCGGGUGCCACUCUAUGAGAUCAUUCCCUUGGAGGCUGUAGUUGGGACCUGCUGUGUGUUGGACCUUUAUACAUAUUGUAAAGGGAGACCUAAGGGAGUAAAGGAACAAGAUGUAUACAUCUGUGAUUACCGACUUGACAAGUCAGCACACCUGUUUUACAAGAUCCAUCGGAAUCGAUAUCCUGUCUGCACCAAACCCUAUGCCUUUGAUCAUUUCCCCAAGAAGCUCACUCCCAAAAGAGAUUUCUCACCUCAUUAUGUCCCAGACAACUACAAGAGGAACGGAGGGCGAUCAUCCUGGAAGUCUGAUCGCUCAAAGCCACCCCUAAAAGACCUAGGACAAGAAGAUGAUGCUUUGCCCUUGAUUGAAGACGUGCUGGCCAGUCAGGAGCCAGCAGCCAGUGAGACGCCCAGCCCUGAGGAGCCAGAGCAGGAAAGAGUCCCUGCCGACAUAAGUGACAAUGGACAGAAACCAGAGGAAAGUAGUCAGGAGCCCCAGCUAGCCAGCACGCCUGAGGAGAGAAAGCACAGCCAACGGGAACGGCUCAACCAGAUCUUGCUCAGCCUCCUUGAGAAAAUCCCUGGGAAAAAUGCCAUUGAUGUGACCUACCUUCUGGAGGAAGGAUCUGGCAGGAAACUGCGAAGGCGCACUUUGUUUAUACCAGAAAACAGCUUUCGGAAGUGACUCUCAAAGGAACGAGAACUUGGAGCAUCUGGGAUCCAGUGAAGCCAAGAAGUCCGGGCUCCUGCUCUCUGAGUGUGGACAGGGGCGGUAAAAUUCCGUCCAGGCAGGGGGAAUGUGGUCACAUCUUUGACAUUAGGUACUUACUAAACCUUGGAGCUAGUGGAGAGGGAGAGGAAGUAGGCUUGUCUGAGGCAGCUGAGUUUACUUCUCCUCUUGAUGGCUUCAUCCCACGGCUGCUGUAGAGAGGAGGACCACACUAGGGAUAGCCAGAAGCUGUUGGGACUUUCCGGCACUUGAUACUCCUCAGUUUGAGUUUUUCCAGGCUGCACUCUGACCCUGCAAGCACUAAGAAUGCUGCUUCCUAUGACCAGGUGUAAAUUCAAACUCCAAACGGAAGGACCUGGAUCCCAGGCCUAUCCCAUUUUUUCUCUUUUAGCUCUAAGAGCUAUGUCAGAGACCUAAAACAGAUGUCUUAGUGGGGCCUCUCCUAAGUUCCUUGGGUCAGGAAAGUUCUCUCUUCCUUCUUACCCAGCCAGGUCAAAGCACUUAGAACUGCUGCCACUCUCCACACCUCUACCCCCAAAAUAGAAUCAAUAGUAUCCGGGGGUAGGAGAGACCCCUAUGGGGUCAGAAGGGCAGUAUUUGUAAUUAUUUUUGUUUUACCCUUCAUAACCUGCCCAACGUAUUUUUUCCUACUGAGAAAGCCAAGCCCCGUCAGCGCACACGCUGCUUCUCUUCUUGUGUGUCUGCUGUGCUGUGCACAAAGAUUUAUUUCAAAAAACAAACACUUUUUCAAACUACAUAAAAACUCUAAACUUCUCCUCUAAUGAAACUCACUACAAAACUGUUGAGCAGUGUUCACUGUCAGAGUGUUGGUUGUAGAUUAUCAAUUGAUGAAAACACUACUCUUACUUUCUUAAUUGUAUAGUUUCCAGUGUCUGUUUCCUCACCACUAGUUCUGACUCCCUUCCACCUUUCUGGAUGACAUCAUCAUCAGGAGGUAUAUCCAGGGUCUCCUUCCCUCCCAGUCUCUUGACCAGAAGUUCACAAACCAUACUGUCUCCUUUACAAAUAAAAUUCAAAUACAUAUGCAUAUACAUUUUAGAUGUUCUUAUAAGAGAAAACAUGGUUUUUAAAUGUGCCAAGUGUGUGUGUGUGUGUGUGUGUGUGUGUGUGUGUGUGUGUGUGUGUGUGUGUGCUCGCGCGCGCGCGCGCUGUGGGAUUGUAAGCAAUACAUUAGUAAACAUGUUCUCAUUACUCUUUUCUGAUGCUGGACCAAUGAUGUCCUGACUGUACAUUUCCUUCCCCUUAUGAUGACGACGCUCUGACCAUCUAGGUAGAAGCAUUUGACCACUUUCAUUCCACUGAUUUUCUUUUUCUCCUUUCUGUGUUAUUCUUAAGGGAAAAAAAGAGAGAAGGGGGAUGCCAUAGAUCCCCUUGAGCAGAGAAAAAGCAAAAUAUUUUAUUAAAGAAAAAAGAGAAAUUAAGAAAAUAGUUUGGAGUAUUUUCUUACUGUAGAGAAGCAUUGUACAUUACCACGAGACCUGGGUAUAAGAUACUCACGUGUGGAGCUCGGGAUCGCAUGUCCAAGCCCAUCUGAGUGGUUUCUUUUGUUUCUCGUUGCAGGGAGCGGGUGGGAGGGAGGUAGGACUAAGGGCACUUUGAGGGUCUCCUUUUAGUCAAAAGCAAGAAAAUGACAAGAAAGAGCUUAAAUUCAAUGUUUUCCUUUAGUAGUGUGAAACACUAAAAUUUUAAAAAAGAAAAAACUUUGUAAAAUGUAAGAACAGAAGCAAAAGACACUAUGCUGUCAUUUUAUCUUUCUUUUGUUGAAAGAUUAAAAACCGAAAUGUUUUUAGACAAUCAAAUGUUAGGUAAGUGCAAAAACUUGUUUUUCUUACUGGUGUAGAAAUUAAUGCCUUUUUUAUUUUUCAGUUAUUUUAUAAUAACAAAAACAACCCCCAGCUGCCAGGUGGGUUUUGGUCUUUGAAAUGCGGGGCAAAGCACUACAUCACUGCAAAUAGAUACAGUUAGUCUGCAUGUCUGUAGGCUGUGUGAUUGCGGAAAAUAUAAAUGCUGCUAAUAUAUUUCCUUUUUACAGAAAAGCAUAUCUAAAUAGAUGAUUGUUUUGAUGUUAAUCUUUGUAAAUUAUGUAUUACCAAUUUUAACAUUGGAUGUAAUUGCAUAAAGGCUUGCAUCUCAAUCCUUGAAAGUCUAGCAUUAAAUGGAAACAACUUUUCCUAA